UUACAAGAACGACAACAAUAACAAACCGUUCGGAACCGUUCCUGGGGCUCGGGUUUGAAGUUUUCAGACUUCAUGGAAAUCUUAAAAGAAGAGGAUCCAGGGGAUAUAGACGACAAUUGUCUAAAACCCUAUAACAGUAAAGAAGAAGAAGAGUUUAUGGAAUCAGUUAAAACCCUAUAACAAGAAAGAAGAAAAAGAAGAGGAGCUUAUGUAAGAAAACGAUGGCUGAUGGUGAAGUUGUUGAAGAUUUUUAUGGAGUUUACUUGUUGUACUGCAUAAAUCCACAGUACAAAGGACGCACAUAUAUUGGCUUUACAGUUGACCCCAAUCGUCGUAUCAAGCAGCACAACCGAGGUGUUAGGGCAGGAGGUGCAUAUAAAACCAGUAACAGAGGGCCAUGGGAAAUGGUUCUUAUUGUUCAUGGAUUUCCAAAUGACAUAUCUGCCCUCAGAUUUGAAUGGGCCUGGCAGCAUCCAGAAAGAAGUCGUCGGUUAAGAGGUAUGGGCCGUAAAAAAGCAAAAGAAACAAAGUAUGAAUAUUGUCUGCGGAUUCUGGCAACUAUGUUACAAACCAAACCUUGGUCUCGUCUUCCUCUUACACUUAGAUGGCUGAAACAACAGUACUUCAAAGAAUUUCCUGCAGGGAUGGAGGCCCCUAAUCACAUGCCAAUUGCUUAUGGUCCAGUAAAACCUGCAAAGGUUAGAAAGAAUGAAGAGGAGCAAGAAAUUGAAGUUGUGGAGGUGACAUGCUUGCUGUGUGAUGAUGCAGUAACACAAACAGAAAGAAUGAGAUGUUUAUCUACCUCGUGUCAGUUAAAUGCUCAUGUCAGAUGCCUUGCAAAACAUAUGCUACAAAGAGAACCACCAGGGACUUUGCUUCCUCUAGAAGGGCCAUGUCCAAGCUGUGGGUCUAUAUUGCUAUGGGGUGACCUUGUAAGGCUAAAGCGUGGAUGCUAUCAGCAGGAAGAGGAGGAAGUGGAAGAUCAUUGGGUUGAGACUUUAAGUCAGGCCAUAUAAAUGAAAUCACUAUGCUGUAUAUUUGAGCAGUGCAUUUUAGCAGUUUCCUAUGCUGUUUUGAUAUUAAUGGUACUAUGUCAUGUAUGGAGAGUCACCAGGUGUAGAAGUUUUAUAGUGCCUGGAUGCAGGAAUUGGAUUUUUUUCAGUGAGCAGUGCUAAUAGAUUUUAUACAUGAUUUUUAAAUUCAUAAUAAUAUAUUUGUAAUUAUUUUAUGUGAAUACAGUGGUGUAAUGAU